AAUUUGACUUUGAUUCUUGGAACCGUAAGAACCCUUUUAAAAUCUUGUUUUUAUGAAGCAGUUUGUGGGGGUUCUCGCCUGUGUGAUCUCUUAAGAUCAGAAACACCAAGAUGGAGAGGGCAAAAAGAUCAGCCAACAUAUUCUGGUGCACAAGGAAAGCUGGAGAAUCUUUUGAGUCAAUCUGGUAAUGACUUUUGUGCAGAUUGUGGAUCUCCAGAUCCAAAAUGGGUAUCUUUGAGUCUUGGAGUAUUUAUUUGUAUCAAGUGUUCUGGCAUUCAUAGAAGUCUUGGAGUGCACAUAUCAAAGGUCAUAUCAGUGAACCUAGAUGAAUGGACAGGUGAACAAGUUGAUGCUUUGGAAGAUAUCGGGGGUAAUAAUGCAGUGAACAAGAAAUAUGAGGCUUAUAUCCCAAAUAAUUUCAAAAAACCAAAUCCAGAUUCAUUAACAGAGGAGCGCUCUGAUUUCAUCAGGAGAAAGUAUGUGAAGCUACAAUUUACAAACUCUGAUGAUCAAACACUACACUGCCCAUUCCCAGCACCUCAUAGACAUACUUCAUCGUCCCCAGCAAGUUCAUCGACCUGUUACAUUUCGAACGAUAAGAAACAUUAUGAAAAACUACCAACCAGACAGCGUAUUGGACAAUCAUUUCGUAACAGAAUGGGAAGGAAUGAGACUGAUAGCAAGUUAGCAAAGAAGAACUCAUUGGCAAGUAUGGUCGAGUUUGUUGGAUUGAUUAAGGUCAAUGUGGUCAAAGGCAUUAACCUGGUUAUUCAAGAUGUCCUAACCAGUGACCCGUAUGUCAUCCUAGUAUUGGGCCACCAAACAACGAGGACACGUGUCAUAAAGAAUUGUCUGAAUCCUAUUUGGAAUGAAAGUCUAAUGUUGUCAAUUCCAGAAAACAUUCCUCCUUUAAAAGUGUUUGUGUAUGACAAGGAUAAAUUCACUUUCGAUGACUUUAUGGGGGAGGCCGAGGUUGACCUUCAACCCUUAGUGGCUGCUGCGAGAGCCUAUGAGAAUUGGACAAUGCAUGAAUCUGUAGAUUUUGAGAAGUGGGUAUCGUCCAAGGAUAACACCUCAGUGGAAGAUGGUGUCAUUAGUCUUGUGGAUGGGAAGUUGAAACAGGAAAUUAUUCUUCAGCUGCAGAAGGUUGAAAGUGGUGCAUUAGAAAUUGAGCUUGAGUGUGUUCCUCUUACUCAAUAACAUAGAGAUAUUGUAAUGCAAUCUGAGAAGAAAUAAUUACCACUUGUAUAUUAUUCAUGGUGAAUUACGUUACAUACAGAAUUGAUGUGGAAUUACGUAUACAAUUUUAAGAAGGAAACCAAUUACUAAAUUUUUAAAA